AUGGAAUUAAAUAUUGGAGAUGCCACUCAAGUUUAUAUAGCAUUCUUGGUUUACCUGGACCUCAUGGAGAGUAAAAGUUGGUAUGAUGUAAUUUGUGUGGGAUUACCUGAACUUCAGCUCAUCUGCCUGAUUGAUACUGAGAUAGAAGGGGAAGGGUUACAGACUGUGUUGCCUACACCCAUCUCUGCUUCCCUCAACUAUCAAAGGAUAAGGGACAUCUUGAAGGCAUCUCAAAAACUACGAGGGAAUCCGGAUUUACCGAUGUCUUUCACUCUGGCCAUCUUGGAGUUCGAUUCUGCAAUAGUCUAUUAUAAACUCACUGAAGGGUUUAUGCUGCCAGACCCUCAGAAUAUUACCCUUAGAAGAUAA